GCAGACUGUGCCUUAUUGUUCCUGAGACUGUGGUAUGGCUCUCCUCCGGAGUUAGCUGGAAUUCAGAUUGGGGGCUGGGAAAGUUUGGUAAAAUAUUCUGCUCUAGAGAAAGAAGGGGGGCUAGAUUAGGAGAGAGGAAAGGGGAGGGGAUGGUGCCUCUGCUGCAGAAUUUCUGCCCAAGUUAAAACACUCAGCUAAAAGUUGUAUGAGAGUGUGUUCUGCCUUGUCAGUGACAAUGCAUUGCUUACCCAUUGCUCUGGUUCUGCUGGGCACAGUCUCCCUGUUUACCAGCUGCUAUGGUGCCCCUCAUUCUAGCACAGUACGAAUGGUCACUACAGAGAAGACCCAAACAAAACCUAACAGCACCAUGGUUACUCCAGGAGCCAAUGGGACCAUGAAACCAACCAAGUAUGGGGACGAAGAUUUAGGGGAACCGAUUCUCAAUGAAAGGAGAAUGAGGCUUUCUGAGGAGAAGACAGUGGACAAGAAAGGUAAGUUAUAUACCCAGUAAUGGGUGCUACCUGGCAGAGGGCAGCAUGAUGCUUCGGAGUGCAUAAUGGCCUGGCUGUCCGUGUCGUGUCGGUCAGUGCUGCUGUCCAUGUCAUGUCGGUCAGUGGUGCUGUCCAUGUCAGGUCAAUCAGUGCUGCUGUCCAUGUUGUGUCAGUCAGUGCUGCUGUCUGUGUCAUGUCACUCAGUGCUGCUCUCCUUGUCAUGGCGGUCACUGCUGCUAUCCGUGUCAUGGCACUCAGUGCUGUUCUCCUUGUCAUGGCGGGCACUGCUGCUAUCCAUGUCAUGUCAGUCAGUGCUCUAGUCCCUGUCAUGUCAGUCAGUGCUGCUGUCAAUGCCAUGGUUGUCAUUGCUGCUGUCCAUGUCGUGUCAGUCAGUGCUGCUGUCUAUGCCAUGGUUGUCAUUGCUGCUGUCUAUGUCAUGCAGGUCAUUGCUACUGUCAUUGUCAUGGCGGUUAGUACUAGUGGCCGAGUCUACAUGUAGAGGAUCGUUGCUUGUGCUGCAUGAAACAGACUCAUGUGAGUAGGAGCUGCAUGAGGCUUUGACAAAACACACACAAGGCUCCCAUGCCAGGGACCGCAGUGAGGCCAGUGAAGUACUGUUAGACAUUUUAUAGUUUAGCGUUGUAAAGCAGGUCAAGUCUCCUUAAAUGCCCUUUCUUCUCAUUCCGGCUUUGAGCAGAGAGACGGUGUGAGCUGUGCAGACAGAUGGCAGUGUACACGGCCAGCGAUCAGUCAUUGCUCGCAAGAAAUCUUGUUACAGCAUCUUUGCUUCAGAAUGUCUGCUCACUCAUCUUCACAAUAGACUCCAGAUAUCCCAACAUCGAGAGCAAACACUCUUUAAUAUCGGAGGAAAAUACAAAGAACCCCAAUUAGUGACAUUGUAGCGGGAUCAAAAUAUGCAAAGGCUCAUUACGUCCCCAUUAAUCUCCUUAAAAUGACCAAUGAAUCUUGGAAAUGUAGCAGCUGUGGGCCCUCUCUGCCUCUGUUGACUUUUGGCCAGAAUAAGUUUACCGAGGACAGCCAGGUUAAAUGAAGACUUUAACUUUUUAUAUUUUUAAUUAGAUUAUUUUAUAAUAACUAAAGGGGGACUAUCACUUUCCAGAUUUUUGAAAAUCAUGUUUAUUAUUAUUGUAUUUAACAAAUACAUGUUGAUAAGGUGUGAAAAUGUAAUUAAACGUAGAUAUCCAUGUUUCUUACCAUGCAACUGGGCACCUCCAUCUUAGCUCCCUUUUUUUCUAAAAGAAACUGGAGCAUCUUAUGAAGCAUCUUUCAAUCUAAAUUAAAUGUGCCUAUUAAUGUUUUUAUUCUUAUAUAAAUAAUAAUAAUUAGUGACAGUUCCUCUUUAAACUCACAAUACAAUGUACCCGUAUUGCAGAUAGACUCCUUGCUGAUCCUCCUCGGGUGAUGUCAUCGAUCUUGAUGACCUCUGUCCAAGCAGCUGUCUUCUCUGAGUAUCACAUACAGGGUUUUUACUGAGAAUUGUUGGGAAUUCACAUUUUUGUUUUAUAUUCAUACUAAAAAAAAUAACUUUUUUUUUCCUGUAUGGCUAUGUUGGUCUAAAAUGUUAAAUUCACUUUUAAUUCCUGACAAUUCACACUAAUGAGAAACCCUCACAGUAUAAUCAAGCUGCUUUAUCAAUACAAGGUCAGGAGUUCAGCUCUUUGGGAAGUCCAUUCAACCUGGGCUUACCAUGAGCUUCUCUACGUUAAGUAUGUAAGAAAUCUUUCAUUGCGCACAGUAAUCACAUAGCUGCUUUGUGAGUUUGGACCUACUUGGCCAAUAUAUCAUUCAGUAGAGUUAUAAGAGGUAGAAGGUCUCUGAGAUCUUUAAGGUAAGUUCAUGGGCCCCUUGGCUGUUCAGAAAUACACACAAAACUCAACAGGCUUCCUUCUGGCUGUUCAUGGAGGUUUACUGGUGCUGCUAUCACCAAACCUCACUUGUGCACCCCUGCAUGGCCAAAUGAAGAUAAACUGUUGGCUUUCACCAAACCUCACUGGUGCACCCCUGCGUGGUCAUGGGGAGGGAAACCAUUGUCUUUCUGAAAGAAACAGUUUGUAUGUCUGACUGUUCAUGUGUGUCUGGCAUGUGCAUUUAUGUGUGUCUGUAAUACUGAAUUCAUUACAGACCAGGCCACGUGUUCUUUAUUUAUUUUGGUUUUGCAGUCAGUGUAAAGAGAGAGAGAGAGAGAGAGGGGUGGGAGAGGAGGAAAAAUAAUCUUGGAAUGAAAAUCUUGGCAUUUGAUUUGUUCCAAUUUAUUUCUACAGACACACACAGCAAUUCUCCUAAAGGAAAACUAAAAACAUGUCUUGUAUUUGAAGGAGAAUUUUUAGUUCCCGUACAGAAUCUAAGCUGGGUAAUUUGUUUGUGAAUAUAUUUCCUUUGGAAAAGUCAUUGUUUUAUUGUUGGCAGCUAAUGGGAUAAGGUUUUGGUCAGACCCUCCAGUGCUGAAGUUUUGUGGUGAAGGCAUUGUCCUCUUCCUGAGAUGUCCUGUCCAUACAUAAGCACCAGUCACAAAUUUUCCAUGAUUGCCAGCAUUUAUUUGCAUUCAUUAAAUGAUUAACUUUAACAGUGCCCAAUCUAUUCCAAACCUCCAUUAAUCUCUGUAGCGAUGGGGGGUAUGCCUACGAAUACACAAUACUGAAAAGAUAUCGUACGAUGGGGAAAUUCAAACUUUAAAUUGUGAUUAAUAAAAGUACUAUAUACAUUCUCCAAGGAAAAGGUGAAAAUAAGAAUGUAAGAAAAGAAAAAAAAAAAAACAGGAAUAUACAGGGAAACUGGACUCCAGUGUGAAUAUCUAUAUAUUGGGAAUCUAAGUAUAACAAGUCGCAGAUAUCUGUAAAUAUGCAAAAUUCACCUUCUGUAAUAAUUGUGCGGUCUUGCAAGCUUGUAUGAAAGGUUGCUGAAUUGCAUCACAAAUAGUUCUAUGCUAACAAGAGGGAGUGAAUUUCAGUUCCCACCACAUUACAUUUUGGAGCAACUGUUCCCCAAAACUCCCUUAGAGAGUCAGUAUCCCCCUGCAAGCAGUGUUAGACCAGCUGCUGUCUGUAGAAUGCUCAGCUCACACUGGAGGGAGGACAUGAAAGGCUUACUCCAAUCCCACUGUAUGGUUAGGAUGUAAGGAGUACCAUGGCCCAUUUAGGAAUGAUUUGCCCACUUACCAAUGAAUAGCAUUCUCAAUCUCUGGGUAGAAAUAUGCACUUAAUUAAUAUUACCCGUCCGGAAAUCUUGUGCCAAGCAGGCAAUGAUGCGUCCAUUACGCUUUCUUGGACAUCAUUCUGAAAUUGGUAACAGACAAUAAAGCACAUCUCACUUGACUUCUGAGUUGCAUCAUUACUCCUCCAAGUUCAUUACUGGACAGAGUUGUACCUCGAAGACCCAAGCUGCAUUUUGGAUUAAAGAAAAUGAAUUGUAACUUCUAUGAAGCAAAUCAUUUGAUAUUUUAUAUCCACAAUUGCAUAAUUUGGAAAGGCAUUCAUGCAGUAAAGUUUCCCAGGGAUGUUUUAAAGAAAAGCAAAAAUCCAUAAAGAUGCAAAAAUUCCCACAAAAAUGUUUGUGAGUUAUAGCCAACUCUAAUGCUAAGAUCAGCGAUGGCUAGACCCCACACAUAUCAUAUGGUCGUCAUUUCUCAUGUAUCAACUUAUAGGUUCAAAUCCAUAUUGUAAGACUCUUGUAAAGGGUCGGUAAGCUGUCUGCUGACGGAAGCAGAGCACACAUUUGACAUGGAGGAUGAGGAGACCAGAAAUGCCUUCACAAUUAUAGCUUCUUCAUCUUGGCAUGAAAAUGAAAAGUUUUUGACCAUUUUCAUUGAGGACAGAAUAGCUUCUUUUUGGAAAUUGUUUAUGUUGUUGUUUAAAGAAUCACUACAAGCACCAUAACCACAACAGCCUGCUGUGGGAAGAGCCCAAUCCUGGUCGAUUCUUCCUUCCAGAAUAUAAUGGUCAUCGUUGGAAACGCCAGUUAGUACAGGUCUCAUUUGUUCUUUAGAAGAUGAUGUAAGAUUGGUGGAAGGAAUGCACCUCAUUGUUGUUUCUUGGACCUGAAUAUUUGUUUAGAGAUAUUUUUUAAUUUAUAUCAACUUGAAAAAAAGCUAAACAUAUUUAUUGGAUUACAUGCGUGGACUCCCUCCACUUAUUAUAAAUACAUAUCUUACUACACAAAUAGACUGGAAAUUGUACAAACAUUCAGCAAGUUUCAGUCAUUAACCUCUAAAUCCAUUGGUCUCCUCUGCUUUUACUGAAUUCUGGAAAAGUAAUUCAUGAUAAAAUAUUUGAGUUAGUCAUUCAGUAACAUUACUAGAUUCUGCUGUUAGUUUUAUUUUUAUCACAAUUGUUACAACUAUCCACAUGCUUUGCAGAGAGAACAUCUGGAGUUUGACCUGUGCAGUUGCACAAGGCUUCUUUCCUUGGAGAUGAGUUGGCCCAACUUGGCCAUCCCACCCUAAAGCUGAGGAACAAAGAGAAACCUUAUCUGAUAAGAAUGUAUUCACUAAUAAAACAGAAAUCUUUAUGAAUUCUGUUGGGGCUUGUUUGACCCAGUUCAAUCCUUUGUGCAAUGAGUGUAGCUUUGGUCUAUCUGGUUUAUGUCUAAAAAUGAGACAUAUUGAUAUGAAGAUAUGGAUUUCUGACUGGUCCAGAAUGUAGGAAGAGAUUUUUCCCAAACAAACAUUUAAUCUAGUAUUAAAAAAAUGUGAGGUUUGAAUUCAUUCCAAACAUGUGCAUUGCAUGUAUAUGUCCUGGAGGACAGUUGCAUAUAUGUGUGGAUGCCGCUAUACAUGUCUGCAUGUGUAUAUUCCGGGUACCUGUCUGUGUAUAUGUGUGGAUAAUCAGGGUUUGUGUGUAUACCUGGGGUACAUGUCUGUGUAUAUAUGUGGAUACACAGAAUAUAUGUUAAGGUAUAUUUGUGUAUGCCCAGGGGGCCAUGCAUGUGUAUAUGUAUGCUGACGUGUGCAUUAAAAGCAUGUACCAUGUUUAUGUGUGUUCUUGAGAGUACACGGCAUGAACAGGUGUACUCACAUGUAUACAUGCCUGAAUAUCUCUCACUCUGUAUUUGAUUUUACCUUUUUCUAGCAAAUGUGACAGCGAAAAAAAAGGUUAAGGUAGUAAAGACGGUGAAAGUUUUGAAGAAGCCGAAAACAGAAAGUCCCAAGGCCAAAGGAAAACCAGAGGAACGUAUGUACUAAGAGUGCAUGCUUUCCAAGGCAGCGGUGUGGCUGAGCUUGAUGUGAGUGAAUGCUUUACAGUAACAGAGUGUGGCUGAGCUUGAUGUGAGUGCAUGCUUUACAGUAACAGAGUGUGGCUGAGCUGGAUGUGAGUGCAUGCUUUACAGUAACAGAGUGUGGCUGAGCUUGAUGUGAGUGCAUGCUUUAGAGAGACCGCAGUGCGCUUGACCUUACUUUACAGGGGCCUGAGCAUAGCUGAGUUUACUCAGAGUACACACUAUGCAGGGGCUGGAGUGUAGCUAAGCUAACACAGGGCCCUAACAGUGCACGCUUUACAAGGGCCUGAGUGUGGAUGGUCUGAGUGAGAGUGCAUGCUUUACAAGGGCCUGAGUGUGGAUGAUCUGAGUGAGAGUGCAUGCCUUGCAAGGGCCUGAGUGUGGAUGGUCUGAGUGAGAGUGCAUGCCUUGCAAGGGCCUGAGUGUGGAUGGUCUGAGUGAGAGUGCAUGCCUUGCAAGGGCCUGAGUGUGGAUGGUCUGAGUGAGAGUGCAUGCCUUGCAAGAGUGUGAAGGAGAGUGCACGCUUUGCAGGGGCCUUAGCAGGGAGUGAGAGAGUGUGCUGUGAGUCCCAUAUAGGACCAUGUAUAUAUAUGGAAAUAAAAGGUCUGAUCAUUACGAAUUGCGAUGACCUGAGAACCCCUUAGUUACUUGUCCUCACAGAGCUCACAUUUUUCCCCUAGAAACUGACUAUUGUGGCCGGGGUGAUCAGUGUCCCAUGUAAAUAAGCUCUUAUUAUAAGCGAGGCUUCCCUCGCUGCAUGCUGAGCCUAGCUCUCGUACCACCAUCGAUCUUCUCAUUAAAGAGAGGGGCGACUGAACUCCGGGGCGAGGGGAGACUGAACUCCGGGGCGAGGGGAAACUGAACUCCAGAGGGAGGGGAAACUGAACUCCGGGGCGAGGGGAGACUGAACUCUGGGGCGAGGGGAGACUGAACUCUGGGGCGAGGGGAGACUGAACUCCGGAGCGAGAGGAGACUGAACUCCGGAGCGAGGGGAGACUGAACUCCGGGGCGAGGGGAGACUGAACUCUGGGGCGAGGGGAGACUGAACUCCGGAGCGAGAGGAGACUGAACUCCGGAGCGAGGAGAGACUGAACUCCGGGGCGAGGGGAGACUGAACUCCGGGGCGAGGGGAGACUGAACUCCGGAGCGAGAGGAGACUGAACUCCAGAGCGAGGGGAGACUGAACUCCAGAGCGAGAGGAGACUGAACUCCGGAGCGAGGGGAGACUGAACUCCGGAGAUUGGUGAUCAAGUCAGGAACAAUGAAGACAUUUAGCUCUUACAAUAUGGCAGCCAAUACAUCGUGGGGGGUCAACUGUUGGAACUUCUCAUUGGUGAUCACCAGACUUCUACUGCCAUGGACUUAAAGUUCUAUCCAGAUCUUACCACGCCCUAAGUACUCAGUGAUGUAGAUCACACAGAGAAGUUAGUUCAAAGAAUGUCCAAAGUUUAUUGCAGAGAAAAAAAGCUUAUAAGGCAAAUACAAUAAAGGGGCAGUCUAGGGAAAGUGUCAUUAAUUUCCAACCAAAGACAGCAUGUAAAGGAGUAGCAGGGUACAGGCAUGCAACCACUCAUCGAUCUUAAAUGUACCUUGGGGGACAUGUGCUAGGUGGGGUCUUCCCAAAACCAGUGUGUAAAGAUAGGGUCAUGUGCAAAACUAGUGUUAAAACUAUGUACAAGAUUGUUAUGAGUCAUCUAGGCAGGAUUUAACCCGUUCAUCUAUCAUCUCUGUUUAAACAAUAAAUGGAGGUUGAGGUUGGACUUUGCUUAUAUCUAUCAGAGUGAAGAUGUAAAAACCAUCAAACAAGAGAGAUCUGUUUUAUUAGAGGUACAGAUCUCCUGUAGGAACCCCUUCACAAUGAUCCAACCUUAAUAUGGCAUGCCGGGAGAUUGGCCUUUAUUCUGCAACAUCCACCGGUCAACAUGACAUUUCAUAAAGAUUUUACUAUGAAAUGCUCAGAAACUGUGUUUGGUGACAGAGUCGCUAUAAAUACAGAACAUUCACAUCCCAUGAUUUUUAAUGUUAUCUUUCUUAUCUCCUAUAUUUACUAAAUAUGUGUUUGUGAGGUUGUGAAAAUAAAAUUAAAUAUAGAAAUUCCCACCUCUGUAUCCAUUAACUUGGCGCCUCCAUCUUAGCUCAUUAUCCGGCAUUGUUAUACGCUUUGUCCUUUGCACAUUGCAGUCAGCAUAGAGAGUACACAGAGGAAAAAUGGAAAAUCAAAGUUCUCUGAAAAGUGUUGUAUUAAUUCCUGCAUUAUUCUGAUUAUAUUUAGUAAAAUGUUCUAAAAGUGACUUUUUUCCUAGAACAUUGUGCCAGUUUUCCCAGAAAUUUCCAUGUCAGAAGGACACUUUUCUGUCUGAACACAUAGCAGGAAGAUUGAUAAAUCCGUCGUGUUGCCAAAAACAGGCAUUCGUACUCAAAUAUUACAAACUAGCCAAAAAUUCAACGUAAAAGUGUUGGCAAUGCUUAGAUAAAUCUCUCUCAAUGUUUGUGUUUCUCCUCCUUGUUCACAAUGUUUGUGUAGCUGGGCCUGGACCCAAUUGGAUUGUUAUGUUAUGUAAUUUCUAAAUCUUAAUGUAAUUUAAAAAGAAAAUGGAGAUACACAAAAAAAAAAAAGAUCCACAGGAGUUAUGGGUGAUUUCCAGUAUUUUAUUUAAUAUUGUCAUUUCCAGAGCAGUGAUUUUUACCAGUAAUAUAAAAUGCUGGGAGACUGGCUGGUGACUUAUCUCAGAAAUAUGUCUAUUAAGCAGAAACUCAGAACAUGCGCGGCAAUGUGAGAGGCUGAGUAAUAUUCAGUAUAUUUCAGCCAAGAAACUCGAGGCCAUCUUAACUCCACCUAAUAAUAUCACUGAGUGCCAGAAUAAAACACAAUGUGAGAGGCUGGGGAGUAAUUAAUAUACUGUAACAGUUCAGUAUAUCAGACCCAGCUCCAUGGGUAAAUGAUGGGGUGCAGGGACAUUCUGGGGUAUUUAGUGAGUAAGUCAGGGGAUCAGUUUAAAUGUCUUUCUUUCCGGUAUCAAAUAUAUUCCUAUUUACUAAUAAAUGGAAUUUCAGGAUUUACUAUAAAUGGAAGAGUUAGAAAGAUGCAGAUGAAUAGGUCAAUAAGGAAUUCCAGGCGAUUCCAUGACCUCAGAUUCUUUAAACUGAUUAAAAGAAAAGAGGCUGUGUAAAGAAAAUGGAGGGAUUUUGGGCAGAGAGUAUAAUGAGGGAUUUAGAUUUAAUGUGUUUUGAACUGUAACUCCAACCACUCUCAAAUAUAGUAAAUUAUUCACAAUAACUGUCUGUUCUAUAGGAAAGUGAAGGUUUAUUGGAACACAAUCCAGUUAUAGAACACGUACAUUUCGGUAUGUGACAUUCAUUAUGCCAGUCUGAGAAUUAUGGGAGUUACAAUCCGUGGCAUGUUAAAGUGAGGUAAUCCCUAACUCUCACAAAUCCCAUCCCCACCGCCAAACACCCUCUAUCCCUAAUCCCCCAACCCUAAAAUUAAUUUCUUCUAAUGCUACACUGAUAUUUGGUGGCCGUUAUAGACACAGCAUCAUCAUUGUGUUACCUUAUUAUUCAGUGACGUUUUAACUGCAACUUUUUAAAGGAACACUCCACUGACAAAAUAAAAACCAUGUUAACAAUUUAGUAGACACAGCCCCAAAGAAGCCAUGUUUUAUUUUAUGGUGAUUGUUUGUAUCUGACCAUUUCGCAGUUACAUAUCACAAGCAGCGUGCUAUACAAUCCUGAUUGCAGGGUCUGGUUUAUCCUUAACACUCUGCAUGUCUACAUAGCAGGAGUUAUGAUACUAGACAGGCCCCAGCACAGACUGCUCAUUCAUAAAACAAAACCAGAUGGGAGGUCAGAGGUUAAAGACUACAGCCUGAGGCUAGUGAGGAAUCAAACCUGUCUAUUUAUCAAAGGGUGAAACAGAACUGGAACUUGAGAGAAGAUGUUACUGUGUCUAAUAAAAGCAGCUGAAUUGUCACGUUAAAGGGACACUUGCUGAAGUGCUUUUAGAAAAAGUGCAGAUUUCAAUAGAUAGGGUACUGACACCAUACUCACUUUAAAAAGAUAAAGUGGUUAUGGUGCCUGAAGUGUCCCUUUAAACUGUUGAACUUCACUUGCUACUUUGAAUACUUUGCACCAGUUUGCUGUAUUGAGGAGACCUUACCAAGACAUGGCAGUGUUCUGCCUACUACAAGGUGGGUGUGUGCAUCUAUUCAGAUAUAUUGUUGGAAACAGUUGGAAACAAUAUGGUUUGGGCUUUGGGUUAAAUUGACAGAAUUGGCUUUAAGCUUCACUCAUCAAUGACCUGUUAUAUAUCUCUCCAUGCCGGAAAUUCAGUGGUAGGACUACCUUUCACUGUCUGAGGCAUAUCACUUUCUUCACCUCUAAAAUACCCCAAGAACUAAAUAUUUAAGGGGAUGGCAUUGUAUUAUUGGAGAACUUCCAUCCUCUGCUGCUAAGUGAUACGGCAAUUAACUCCUUUACCUGAUGUUCUCACUCAGCUCCCGUAGUCCAGGCCAGGCAUUAACAAUAAAUAGCACCAAUUCUGGAAAAGUCCAGCAAUGUCUCUCCUGUGUCUGCAGAAUGUCCACCGCUGGGACUGGAAUCCAUGAGAAUAUCUGACUAUCAGCUGAGAACAUCAAGCAUCAAACGCUUUGGUUUGGGGUCACACCGAGGACGACUCAACAUACAGGUGGGACGCCAAAACUAUUCAAACAUGGAGUAUGAGUAACAAUUCACAUGCUUAGUAUGGAUUUAGAAAUCUGUAUAAACAUAUUGUAUACAAAGACACAUUACACAACAAUGCACAACGCUUAGAACGUAACCUAGAUGAUAUUUAAUGGAAUACAAGUUUCUCUUACAACAUUGUUAUAGAAUGGUGCAUAGCCCUAAUAUGCCACACGGACAUUUAGCAACACAAAAACUUACUAUCCGAGUCCCUGCUCAAGAUUAGCCCCAUUACUUUGUUAUUAUUUACCAUUCUUGCCAUUCCGCAGUCAGGGAUUUACGAUGAAGACUUUUACGAUGGCGGCUGGUGUGCAGGAGAAGCAAACAAAAAGCAGUGGUUUGAGGUUGAUGCCAGAAGACUCACCCGCUUUACGGGCGUCAUCACUCAGGGCAAGAACUCAAUCUGGACGUAAGUAUGAGAGCUCAAUAAAUUAUAUGUCCAGCAGGAAGUACAAAGCGGAGGUUGUGGAGGUCAAAUAGUAGAAUUAUAUCAAAAGUAUAUUGUAUUAUGCAUAUUGAAGCAUAGCAUUAUUGUUUAGAUGUAGUGAGACCCCCGCUGACUAAUGACCUAUGAUCCAGCUUGGAGAACAACGUGUGUGUCAACAUGGAAGAGCGAUCUCGGACUAGUCAGCACAAUAUUAUAUUGUUAGUCUUCUUUUAAAUCAUUGUCAUUGCUUUUGUCAUAAAAGGUAAUCAAUCAUAUGUGGUGAGUUAUAGCGUUACAAUUUUAAUAAAUCCUCAGAUCACUAAAACAUGCUGAGUUCUUUCUAUAAUCUGAUAUACUGUCAUAUUUUUCUAAAUUGUCCAUUCAUCCACACACAAAGAAGCGGAUACAGAGAAUGUAUUGAGAAUAAAACGAUAGCCGAGUGUUAACCAGCAUUAGUCUGCUAAUUAGAACAUAUCAUUCUCUCGUAGUGAUGACUGGGUGACGUCAUACAAAGUCCAGGUCAGUAAUGACACUCACACCUGGAAGACGUGCAAGAAUGGGACUGAGGAUGCGGUAAGUACACAUGGACCAUGGACCAAAUGUUGGCUACGGAGAGCAGAGCUUAAAGGAGAACUGUCACUUACCAGGAAUUGUAGUAUAAUGUUUACUUAUAACUGCCUAAAAUAGAAUUAAAUAUGUAAAUCCAAACCUCUUCAUCCCGUAAAUGGGCGCCUCUAUCUUAGUCAGCAUAGAGACUGAAACAAUGAUUCUAUUUCUCCUCUUCAUUUGCAUUGUGUGCUCUGACUGUGAAUGGACUGCACUAGAUAACAAUGUAAUUUGCUAAAUAUCAUUAACCCCUUAAGGACACAUGACAUGUGUGACAUGUCAUGAUUCCCUUUUAUUCCAGAAGUUUGGUCCUUAAGGGGUUAAAAGAGGUCAACAUAACUUAUAGAUGACUUCCCAUGGUUUAUGCAAUGAAGUGACAGUUCCCCCCUAAACCUGCUGAUUUAUUAAGAUUUAUAACAGAACGGAACCCAAAUUCUGCGAGGUUGGGCUGGAGCACAUGAAAAAUGGGCCAGUUUGCUAAUAAUUCCCCAUCCAGGGCAAAGGCUGCCAGCUCUCCCCCACUGAUUGCCUCCCUGGAAUUCGUUCUUUUAUAGGCUGUGUGUCUGUACAGAUAUUGUCACUCACUGAUUGGCAGGAUGGGACCCCACAGGAAUGUAUUAGCUUACCGGGCUACACGCGGUUUGUGGAUAUUUAAUGAUGAGCAUUUGUGGAUAGAGGAUCUAUAUAUAGAAUGAAGUGUGGGUGACAUGUCAUUGUCCUGAAUUAAUCAUUGUUUGACCAACCUUUCAGCAAUUUGUCGACCCAAUCCAGACAUUUCAUGACGGACAUUGCAUUAUGUUUGUGGAAAUGAUCUAAUUAACUUCUUUAUUAAACCCGUACAGUCUGUCAGAUUUGCAGGCAAUCAGCUUACAUAUAUGGACACUGAAAUAAUAGAUUGGUGCCCCCAUAAAAUAACACAGGAAAAGGACGAUUUACCUAAACAACUGGACUACUAAAGGCACAGAAAUUAAACUAGACAUCCUGGGAAGAUAGAAACGUUGCCCAACGCUUCCUGAUAUAAUUUGCGCCGCACAACUGGAUAUUCUAUGAAUUCAUGAGUGAAACUGCACACGACAGGCAUUAUUUGUAAUGUAUUUGCAGAUCACAGAAAGCAUACCUUGCUGAUAAUAUAAAUAUAUAUUAUCUUAUUAAAAGGUUUUCCCUCCGUGCCUUCACAAUUGUUAAAUCUUUAUUGAGGAGCUUGCCAUUCGAUGACAGUAAAUAAUGGUAAGGCUUCUCUUUAGACACGUUUGAGGUUAUGUGAGGUUCUCUGGGUAGCAAGGAAAUAGAUAAUGAACGUGCAGUAUCCCGGUGUUAUAUAACCGGUUACAUUUCAUAUGAUUUCUCUAUAAACUUGCAAGCGUUGGCGCUCACUUGGAGUAAGCUGGUGCAAAUCCAGAAUAAAGACUUUUAGUUGGCAGCUCUCUCAUUACAUCUGCCAACCCUUAUACUUUAUAUUUGCUGCUUUCUAACAGCUCGGAAAGGCUCCAGGUUCAAUCUAGAAACAUUUUGAACGUGGGUCCCGUUUUAAAUAUAUCAUGUAUUCUAACAGAAUUUAUAGAGUGCCGUCCUAUAGGCCUCUGAGAUUCAAUGUUUCAGAGGAAGAAACAUUGAUAAAUCCAGAUCCCGGCUCCUAUCCUUGUGAUUUGUCUUUCAUUAUUAUCUGCACUAUUUUAUUUUUCUGCAACCCGGCUGACUUCCUGUCCGUUCCCUGCCUCUUGUUGUUCCCCCCUCCUUCCCCCUUUUUAUUCUUUAUCUUGUGGUGGGUUGCAUGUUUUUGUUGACAGAGUUCUGGAUUGCCUCAUACCAGUUUCCCUCAUAUUUAUUCUUUUAAUACAGUUUUCUGAUGUUUUGCGAAUGCAGUCUGGGGACUGUCCUUAUAGUUUGUUUGACUACUUAUUUCUAUAUUGUUCUUUUGUUGUUUAUUUUUUUUUCUCUUUUUCUUUUUGUGUCAUUUCAUCAUAUACUUAUAAUUCCAGUACUGUUGUGCAUAUAUUCUUAAUUAAAAAGAAAUGUUAAAUUGAAUUUAAGAAACGUCAGGAUGUGCCAAACAGCAGUCAGACACCGUGUUGGUCCUGAAGGUGCGCAGAAUAUUGAGAAGUUUCCCUGACACUUGGGACUGUGCCUUGUUGUGGUUAGAAAGUCCUCAAAAUAAUUACCCUACUUAAAAGCCAUAGUUUAUUUAUCUUUGGGAAGUGUACACGUGGUGACAACAAUAAUUAGCCUGAUUUUUCUUCACCACCAACAAACCACAAAGUUUGCACUGGUCACUAUGACGCCUUCCUGUGGUACUUUUUUUGGCUUCUGACCCGUUCCUGGAAUUACUUUUGAUUUCCAGCCGAAAAGUGAACACAGUUUCUGCCAGUUUCCAGGCGCUCUUGGCUUGGUAAUAUUUAACAUGUAAAGACCCUGGUAAUAUCUACACAGAAUUAAUGGCUAAUAUUACAGGAAAAAACAAUAUUACAAUCAACGGCUUACAUUCUAUCAAAAUAAAAUGAUGUUCUUCAGCUAAAACAUAUGGCAGAAAAAAUAUAUAACAUAAAAAAAAUCUAAUUUUUUAAGGAUUCUAGUAAAUGUAAAUGCAAAUAGAGCAUUUGUAACAGAAUCCUGAAAGAAUGUUUGUGGUGGUCUAGCUCGUACCUUAUUUUAUAUUAAAGAAAUAUACCAUAGUAGCACCUAUUAAUUAUUCUAUUAAGAAUGGGCUAGUAUUAUUCUAGUCAACCCAUUGCCUGUAUACAAUAAGUAAAGUAAACAUUUAAGUGAUCGUGCAAGACAUUAAUCAAUUUGCUAUUGGACAUGUGCCAGUGAAAGGCUUGGCAGUGUUCUAAAACACCGCUAUAAGGAAAAUGUCCCCAUUAUUAAGGUGUUGCAAUCUAAGACGUAGUGAACAUUUCCAUGGUGAUAGCCCCAUCUAGAACCUUGAGGCACUUUUCAAACCAAAUCCCCCCACAACAAUAGUCCAUAGGUAAUUUAUGAUCUUUUCGGAAAACACUCCUCAUUACGAGUCCAUAAGCUGUAUGUAAUUACAGAAAUCCUGAUGGAAAUCAGACCACUAAAGUCACACAGGCCACUUCAUCUCAAAAUGUCAUCUGGGUUCAGUGGUCCUGUCCAUUUAACCCCACAAUGUAAAACAUUACAAUUUUCAAGAACAUCUCACUGACAGCCACUAGAGGCACUUCUGUGGCACUGACUGUGUAAACAUGCCACGUGAUGCUGACGUCUCCACAAAUGCUCCUUACAGAGGAGCGUUGAAUUGGACCAAGCCUGAGUAAGUUAUUCUUCCUCCAUGAUGACCCGGGAGGCUCUCUUGCUGCUGGAAAAUGUGACUAAAAAGUGUUAGUUUAGUAUUUUUAUAGGACAUAUGGGUAGGGUGAGGACAACUAUCUACCAAGGGAGCAUGGCACCAAGGGACCAUGACAGAGGUUUGUAUUCCUAAUGCUUUAAUUUUCUGUUAGUUUGCACAGAGAGUAGAACAGGAGUAUUAGAUGUAUUAGUAGCAAUGCAAUAGCAUUAUGAUUAUUAACAUUAGUUUAAGUAACAGGACUCCACAUCGAGGGAUUAGAAGCAGUGCACACAGCUGUUAUAAUCCUGCUCAGAGCUCCUUACUCAAAGGUGUUGGCCCUAUUGGCAAUGAUUUUCAUUGUUCAUUAUAAAAUGACAUUCCUGCUAUAUCACAGAGCUGCCCUUUCUAUAAAGCACUGUCGAACAUGUUGGCGCUUAAUAAAUGCAAACAAUAAUUCAGUCCCCUCAAGUUGAGAGGAUGCACCCACCAUGGACAAACUGUUAAUGUGAGAUAUUAAAUAGAUGUGAACAUAUUAAAUAUAUGAGUUCACUACUUCACCAGAAUUUCCAUAACAACUACAGAUAAAUAGUAUACAGUUAUAGAUUUGCGGAAGACACAUCCGUCAGGAUUACAGCUACUGAGGUUUAAUCUCGAGUCCAGCCGUACAAAGACAGGAAUAAACUACCCUUGUCAUGGAAAUAAUUUUAACCUGCAAAUGUUUCAGUAUUUGCUAUAAAACAAGGAAAGGCGAAUGUAAUUUAAAAAGACUAUUUUCUCUACUUUCCAGAUUUUUAACGCAAAUAAGGAUCCUGAGACUCCAGUGCUAAACCUCCUGCCCAAGCCGAUGGUGGGGCGAUACAUUAGGAUUAAUCCACAGACCUGGUUUGAGAAUGGAACCAUCUGCUUGAGGGCUGAGAUCCUCGGAUGCUCACUACCAGGUACCACAGUCAUGAAACACUCUGAGUUAGGCAGUAAGUGGCAACAGUGGCUGUCUGACAAUAAUGAAUGAGCGGCUAAAUACAAUAAGAAAACUCUGAAAUAUAUACUGUUAGGGGAGUUCUUCUAAGGGAAUGUCGGAAUGUUGAUGUUUUUUCCUCCAUUCCUCAUAACUGAAAGCAGAGUCCAGUGAUGACCUCUCACUGCUCUUGCACGUCCAGGUGAGCAGCAAGGAGUCCAAGCCCACCUGGGCAACGCAAAGGAGCUUUAACAUAUCCCUCUCGAUUCUACAGGGGGGUGGGUUCUGAUACAGUUAUAGGAAUUUGUAAGAAUUAGUUCUUUAAUUGUUUUCAAUGUCUGCUAAAUGUUUAUUUCUUCUCCAGAUCCAAACACUGUGUUUUUAUGGGAACAUGAACCCCAACCAACAGAUAAACUGGAAUUUAAACACCACAACUACAAGGAGAUGAGGAAGGUAAUGAUGGGUUAUUUGUGGUCUCUGAUGUUAUGGCAAUCUCUGAAGAAUCUCCCUACAGAGGUCACAUUCCCUCUGGGAUUUAUAAACAUAGAAACAUAGAAUGUGACGGCAGAUAAGAACCAUUCGGCCCAUCUAGUCUGCCCAAUUUUCUAAAUACUUUCAUUAGUCCCUAGCCUUAUCUUAUAGUUAGGAUAGCCUUAUGGCUAUCCCACGCAUGCUUAAACUCAUUUACUGUGUUAACCUCUACCACUUCAGCUGGAAGGCUAUUCCAUGCAUCCACUACCCUCUCAGUAAAGUAAUACUUCCUGAUAUUAUUUUUAAACCUUUGUCCCUCUAAUUUAAGAUAAACUACUAUUCCCUGAACAGGAAUCAAACCCGAGCCGCAGCAGUGAGAGUGCUGAAUCCUAACCACUAGACCACCAGGGAAAUAUAAACACUUGUACUGUUAGUAUGUCCAUGUUAACAGCAUGCUCUGUUAGCAAACCUUCCUUAAAGGAAUACUAAAGGCAACCUAACCGCUUCAUCUCAAUGUAAUGGUCUGGGUGCAGUGCUCCUGCCAUUUUAAUCCUGCAUUGUAAAAUAUUGCAUUCCUGUAAGAACCGUAAUGUUUACAUUGCAGGGUUAGCACGUCUGUAGUGACUGUCUUCCUGACAGCCACUAGAGGCUCUCCCUCUGCUGUAACCAAGUCAAACUCAGUUAUAGAUCAUAGAGCAGCAUUUGAUUGUCACAGCACAACUUUUUGCUACAUCUUGCUCUAUGGAGAAGCAUUGCAUUGGCUUAGAUCAUCAGCUUUGAUCAACUCAACGAAGGAGGUGGGAAAAGAAUUGUAGAGAAGAGCGAGGUGAGAUAGAUAAGUAAAACUUACUUAGCUAAAAAUGGUAGGGGCUGAUAAACUAAACAGCUAGAGCUAUAGUGUUAGGAAUACAUGUUUGGAUAACUAAUGUUUUAGGGUUCCUUUGAGAGCUUGUGUUAGUAAUACCACCUUAAGAGCAUGCUCUGAUAGCAAUACUUCCUUAAGAGCUUGUACUUUUAGCAUCACCACCUUAAGAGCAUGCGCUGCUAGCAAUAAAUCUUUGCAAUUCCUAUACAUUGUAUGCAAUACAGAGCUAAUUAAAGCCUUGAGGUAAGUAACACUUUAUAAAUGGUUGGGAUGGGUGGGUGGAAGACAUGCUAACCCGCUGUGCCCACCACAGAAAAAGGGGCAUAUUCCAUUUCUAACUAAAUACCAAUGAAAUGCAGGAAGAUAAAUAUUAUGGUCAAAGGGUUUCAUUAGUUGUACCCAGAGCAGAAACACUGAGGAUAUCCAUUGGGAGAUGGGUGACUGCUGAAUGAACAUUGUUACUUAACUCUAUUCUAAUAGACUCCAACCCUCACUGUGUAUAUUAAAGUAUUUUAUACCAAACAAUGCACACAAGAGAAAUUCCAUCUUCAUUUUCAUUUAUUUGUGAAUCUGUUUUCAAUACUGUCGAAAAAAAACCACAUUUUCUUUUAUGAAUAAAAAGAUGAAGGAUUCGAAAAUAUUCCAAGAUCUUGUUGUGGCUAGUCGAUUACCUUUCUGUGCUGUUGGAAGUCGCGGUGUUGGUGACGUGAAUCGGUAGAUAUCACUAUACUAAGACACACAUUGAGGAACAAAACGAUACAUCAUUUUAUAGGGUUUAUUAGAGUUUAUAGAGAUUAUUAUUAUUGUAUUAUUUAUAUAGCGCCAUCAGAUUCCGUAGCGCUGUACAAUGGGUUAUAAAUCGCUUGGGCAUGUUCUCUGUACCUACAUUUGCUUUGUUCCACAUGGCAGUCUAGUAUAUAGUAUAAAAUGGUGGGUGAAAUGUCUAUAGACAUGUUCAACUGCAAGAGCAGUAUGAGGUAAGAAAACCCUCACAUCAAUUCACCCAGGGGUUAACCUGCGAUAAAAUGUCCACAAAACACAUACCUGCCAUACUGUUAAUUGUCCACUAGAUGUCGCUGCUUCGCCUCUAUUACAAUGGGGCCAUCAAACGUACCAUUCGAUUUUAGAAAGAUUAACUAGAAGCCGGAUUCACACAGAUUCUUCAGGUUUGAAAUGAAACUCAAAACAAACUGACUGAAUUUCCUCUUUAAAGGGAUCCAUAAAAUGUAGCGCAGAAACAGCUUAUGUUGUGGUUUACCCACAGAGAAUAUGUGUUUCAUUUGUUUAUCACAAAAACAUUUUUGGUAAAUAGAAAGGCAACGGAAAGCCUUCCGAGGAGGUCACUGAGCGUUACUUAUCAAAUCCACAAAAGGUCAGCGGACCUUGCUCCCCACUGAUUCCUCCUUACCAAGAAUUUACACAUAGGGAUUACGGGUCAGAAUAUUUAAACUAAAUUUGACAGAUCUCUAUCCUGGAUUCCUGCCUUUAGUUUAGGCCACGGCUCUCCAAACUCUGACCCUCCAGAUGUUACUGAACUACAACUCCCAUGAUUCUUUGAAUGAAACAGCCAGAGAAUCAUGGGAGUUGUAGUUCAUUGACAUCUGGAGAAAGCGUUUGGGGAACCCUGGUUUAGGCUGUGUAAAGUGCUUUGUAAUGCUGAGUGUGUCUGAACCAUUCGGUUUAUUGGACCCAAUGAAGUAUAGAGUUACUAAGUAUAGAGUUACUUACUUCAUUGUUUGCAGAAUAUAUCUGUGUGAUUAUGUCUUUGAUUCGUGCACACAUCAGGUGAGGUGCCGCCUUGUUGUUUGGAAAUGAAUAUAAAGUAAUGUGGUGGAAUUCUUCUAUAUAUUUUAAACUGUUUAAAUGGACCUAAUUUGCUGUUCGCAGCAAAGUGCCCAAACUAUUGAGGAACAUAAAACGUGAACAAGUUGUUCUGACUCAAUCCUUGCAGCUGAUCACUCUAACAUUAAAAAAGGAUUUAAUUCCAGUUUCCUGGACAGCAUUUCAGUGAUUUGUCCACAGGUGACAUAUACACCCUGAUAGUUUGUUUCAAGCAGAUUUAUUGUUCUUCCUGCAGCUGAUGAAGAGAGUGAACGAGGAAUGUCCAGAGAUCACCCGAGUAUACAGCAUAGGCAAGAGUUACAAUGGACUCAAAAUGUACGUCAUGGAAAUAUCAGACAAUCCAGGAGAACAUGAACUUGGUAAGAUCUACAAAUCAAGUUGGGAGAUUCAUGCAUUAGUGGCAGAGACGGUGGGAGAUCCAUGCAUCAGUUCUAGAAAAGGUGGGAGGUUCAUGAACUAUAACCAGUGAAGGUGAGAGAUUCACGAACUAUAACCAGCGAAGGUGGGAGGUUCAUGAACUAUAACCAGUGAAGGUGGGAGGUUCAUGAACUAUAACCAACGAAGGUGGAAGGUUCAUGAACUAUAACCAGUAAAGGUUGGAGGUUUAUGAACUAUAACCAGCGAAGGUGGGAGGUUCAUGAACUAUAACCAGUGAAGGUGAGAGGUUUAUAAACUAUAACCAGUGAAGGUGGGAGGUUUAUGAACUAUAGCCAGUGACGGUGAGAGGUUCAUGAACUAUAACCAGCGAAGGUGAGAGGUUCAUGGACUAUAACCAGCGAAGUUUAUGAACUAUAAAACUAUAACCAGUGAAGGUGGGAGGUUUAUGAACUAUAACAAGUGAAGGUGGGAGGUUCAAGAACUAUAACCAGUGAAGGUGGGAGGUUUAUGAACUAUAACCAGUGAAGGUGAGAAGUUUAUUAACUAUAACCAGUGAAGGUGAGAGGUUCAUGGACAAAAGCCAGUGAAGGUGGCAGGUUCAUGAACUAUAACCAGUGAAGGUGGGAGUUUUAUGAACUAUAACCAGUGAAGGUGAGAGUUUCAUGAACUAUAACCAGUGAAGGUAAGAGGUUAAUGAACUAUAACCAGUGAAGGUAAGAGGUUAAUGUACUAUAACCAGUGAAGGUGGGAGGUUAAUGAACUAUGACCAAUGAAGGUGAGAGGUUUAUGAACUAUAACCAGUGAAAGUGAGAGUUUCAUAAACUAUAAUCAGUGAAGGUGGGAGGUUUAUGAACUAUAACCAGUGAAGGUGAGAGGUUCAUGAACUAUAACCAGUGAAGGUGAGAGGUUCAUGAACUAUAACCAGUGAAGGUGGGAGGUUCAUGAACUAUAACCAGUGAAGGUGAGAGGUUCAUGAACUAUAACCAGCGAAGGUGAGAGGUUCAUGAACUAUAACCAGUGAAGGUGGGAGGUUUAUUAACUGUAAUCAGUGAACUAUAACCAGUGAAGGUGAGAGGUUUAUGAACUAUAACCAGUUAAGGUGAGAGUUUCAUGAACUAUAACUAGUGAAGGUGAGAGGUUCAUAAACUAUAACCAGUGAAGGUGGAAGAUUUAGGGAUUUGUGGCAGUGAAGGUGAGAGGUCCAUGAAUUAGAGGCAAUGAAGGUGGGCGAUUUAAGGAUUAAUGGUAGAAAAUGUAGUAGGUUCAUUAUUAUUAUUAUUUAUAUAGAGCCAUCAGAUUCUGUAGCUCUGUACAAUGGGUGGACUAACAGACACGUAAUUGUAACCAGACAAGUUGGACACACAGGAACAGAGGGGUUGAGGGCCCUGCUCAAUGAGCUUACAUGCUAGAGGGAGUGGGGUAAAGUGACACAAAGGGUAAAAGUAGGGGUAGAGAUAGUGGGGGAUUAUGAAUUAGUGGCAGGAAACAUGGGAGCUUCAUGAACUAGAAGCAGUAAAGGUGGUAAAUGGUGGGAUUUGUGGCAAUGAAGGUGGGAGGUUCAUUAAUUAGUGUCAAUGAAGGCACAAGGAAAGUGGACUGGGAGGAGAGAAUGCACCCUUUUAAUAUGGAGAUUUUAGUGUUGUAUUUAUUAUUUUAAGGUAAGUCCUUUGAAUCCUAUUUGCCCUGUGUUGGUUUUGAUAAGUGAAACGUAUAAUAUAUUUAAACCAUUAAGGCUUUGGACUAGUUUAUUCGCAGACUAGGAACAUAUUGUGUCUCUUUUUCUCAUGGAAUGUUACUAACAUUAUAUUCUGUGUCUAGGGGAGCCUGAAUUCCGGUACGUGGCAGGGAUGCAUGGAAACGAGGUGGUGGGCCGGGAGCUGAUGCUGAACCUCAUGGAGUAUUUCUGCCUGGAAUAUAAAAAGGGCAAUCCCCGCAUUGUGCGCCUAGUGACAGAGACUCGAAUCCACCUGCUGCCCUCAAUGAACCCAGAUGGAUAUGAACAGGCAUACAAACUGGUAAUGUGAAUUCACCAAACAGAAUUAAUAACACAGAUUGACAGGGAGCCAAGAUGGAGACACCCACCUGCAUACAUUUAAUAUCCACACCUCACAGAUACUCAUGUAUUCAAUACAGAGAUGAGUAAGCAAACUAUUAAAAAUCCUUUAAAGCAGAAGUGAGUGCUUCGACAUCCGCAUACCCCGUACCCAAAGUACACCACCCUCACCACAUCAGUCUUGCACAAACCUCCAAUGUCUUGACCUACAGCAAUUCUCCACCAAAGUCUCCUUUCGGCCAUCUCAAAUCUCACCUGCCCUAAUACUGCAACCUCCCUCUACAGUUCCACUCUCUCCUCUCAACUACAUAUCAUGGCACCUCCUACACUUAAACACAUUACGCGCCCCCAAUUACAACCCUGGCACACCAAGUUGACCCGAUACCUCCAAAAAUGUUACAGAACUGCUGAACGCUGUUGGAGAAAGUCUCACUCUGUGUCUGACUUUCUCCACUAUAAAUUUAUGCUGCACUCCUACAGUCUGGCUCUUUCCUCUUCAAAAGAAAACUACUCUCCUGUGCCUCCCACCUUUGUCAGUCCCUACAUUGACUUCCUGUAAGAUAUAGGACUCAAGUUAAGAUCCUUUUACUUGCUUACAAAUCUCUGCACAAUUCUGCUCCGACCUAUGUAUCCUCACUAAUACACAAAUAUGUCCCAUCUAGGCCCCUACGCUCUGCCAGAGACCUACACAUGACCUCUGUUCGUACAGACACCUCUGAUGCUCACCUUAAAGACUUCUCCUAUGGAACGCCCUUCCCCUCUCUGUUAGACUUUUACCCAAUCUCCACUCCUUUAAAAAAUCUUUGAAAACGUACUUCUUUAGCAGAGUAUAUCAAUUAAACUGUGAACAGCGUCCCCUCCCCACACCCAUAUUCCGCUCCUGAAACUGUCAUCAAAACAAAACACUCAAUAAAUACUAUCCUAGCAACCUACUUUUCUACCCCUACCCUUACCUUUGUGUCACUUCACCCCACUCCCUCUAGCAUGUAAGCUCAUUGAGCGGUGCCGCGGGGCCCUCAAUUCCUCUGUUCCUGUGCGUCCAACUUGCCUGGUUAAAAAUACAUAUCUGUUAGUCCACUCAUUGUACAGCGCUACGGAACUUGUUGGCGCUUUAUAAAUAAUAAUAACAAUAAUAUAGUAUUUUUUACAAUUUGUCCCAGUGCUUCUUAAAGCAUCUGGCUGGACACAAGUUAUCAGUAAUGAUGACUUCACAGAAUUUAUUUCAGACCUGCAGAGAUGUGACUCUCCUGAGCAUGAAAUAAAGGUGAGUUUAAUUGCAAAUUUGACCAUUUUACUGCCAAAUGGGGUGGUGGUAUUUUACACAUAAUAUAAUACUCCAAUUAUAAAAGACAUAAGUAUCUUUAAACAUACAUAACCAUAAUAGUUUUCCAGUUGUGGCAUUCCAGCUGUACAAUGUCUGUUUUAACAAAUCCACGUGCUAUCUCCCCAGGGUUCCGAGCUGUCUGGGUGGGCCAUCGGUCGUUACACUUACCAAGGGAUCGACCUAAACCACAACUUUGCGGAUCUAAACACUCCGUUGUGGGAAGCUGAGGAUAAUGAACAGGUCCCACACAAGUUUCCUAAUCAUUAUAUUCCAAUUCCUGAAUACUACACGCUGCCCAAUGCCACGGUGAGUACUGUCUGUUACAUGGACUCUCCAAGCCGGCCAUAAAGCUGAGUUAGAGCAGUACUGUCAUGUUGUUUUAUUUCGGUUUUCCUUUCCUUGUGCCCCUGUAUCUUAAUUAAUUAUUUAUAUCUAGCUUUUAUUUCUUGCUCUGAAUCUUAAUAUCCCAGUGCCACCAUUUUGCUCCCCUCUGUCUAUUAUGAUUUCCGUUUGUCCUUCUGUCAGAUUCUUUUAACGGAUGGAUUGUGGGUAAGUUAGUUUGGCAACACACCCUAGGAGUUAUAGAGAGACAAAAAAAAAACAAUUAAUAUAAAAGCAAACCUGCAAAGUGACAGAGACAAAAAGUAAACAUUCCUCACGGUCCUUAUUGAAGUAUAUGAUUUUGGAAGGUGUCAAGGUAAAGACUGGAAAUGAAGCUGGCCUUACAAUUAUAAAAAAAAACUUUUAUUUCCUAUGUUUUCAUGAUCUAUCUCCUUUUUAUAUCCUACCAUAAUCUGUAAAUUGCGGAUAUUCAUGCUUGGAAUCCCAAUGAGCCUUUGUUGGUUGUUAAUUGGGAUUUACAGGAGAGAUUUGACUUUAAUCACUGUAGCAAUGUAAGAAGAUUUUACUGAGAGCCCUCAGAAACCAAUAAAGAUUAUUUUUUUUUGUUAUUAAAAGAACAUUUUUAAAACGAGUCAACAUUCCUUGGGCUGAUUCAAUAUUAACAAAUGUAACACAUACUCUAUCUCCAGUUGAUACUCUUGGUAAGGCAGCCUUAUCUUAUGCUUAGAUUAACUAUUUUGUAUGUAUUUUUCUGCUUGCAUGUUGUGUUUCUAAGAUACUGACUAGCACGGUGGUUUCUUUGUAGGUUGCCCCUGAAACUCGAGCGGUGAUUGACUGGAUGCAGAAAAUCCCCUUUGUCCUCAGCGCCAACAUGCAUGGUGGUGAACUAGUGGUUUCAUACCCUUAUGACAUGACACGUUCCUAUUGGUUGGCCAAAGAGCUGACACCAACUCCGGAUGAUUCCAUGUUUCGCUGGCUGGCCACAGUCUAUGCCACUACCCACCGCAUCAUGGCUGAGGACAAUCAUAGAAUCUGCCACAAUGAGAACUUCAUAAGACAUGGCAACAUCAUCAAUGGAGCAGACUGGCACACUGUGGCUGGAAGUUAGUAAAAUCAUAUUAAUAGCUUUGAAGAUUUGCUUGUAUAGAAAACAAAUAUUUGUUAUACAUUAUUACUGUGCACAAUAUCACAAUAUCACUCAGAAACACAACUGGUAAUUGUUUCUUAUAUGAACAUUAUCAAAUAUUUAAUAUUAUACUGCCUCUUAGGCCUCUCCAGGGCCGGCCUAAGACGUUGUGCUACCUGGGUCAAGGAUAAAAUGCUGACACUCCCCCCUCCCCCCCAACAAAAUACACCUAUCAAAACACACGCCCACAUCAAUUAUGACAUGCAAAUUGUGUAGUGCCCGGGCCAUGCACAGUACAGGGCAGCAAAAUUCUGCCCCUGUCAAAGUGCAUGUGGUGUCAUGGGCCGGCCCUGCUGUUGUAUACCUUACAACUUCACAGGACACCAGUGUGAAGGGUAAAAGGAGGCAGACCAUAGACAUGAUUUGUGUCAUUGGCUCUGCCCAAAGGGUUGGAUCCCCCCGGAAAGGGACAGGUCCACCUAUAGAAUUAAGAGGUUAACCUGACGUGAAUGCAUGUCAGACAGUAUGCCAAUCAGGUAGGUCGGCCCACCAAAGUCAAAUAAUGCAAGGAGCAUUUUUUUUAGCACUCUUUGCUUUGUCCUAACACCCUGGUAAUAGCGUGAGUGCAUCUAUGCUUCUUGGGGACAGUUCCCUGGUGUCCAACGGUCAGUAAGGCCAGGACGGCAGUAUAUGACCCAAAACUAGGAACUGUCCUGCCACAACCAAGAUAGCUUCACUUGAGGUUCCAUGCAGUAGAUUCUCUUUACUCUCUGAGUCCUGUGAUGUUCUCAAUAAACUCUAUUUAUAGAUCCAUUACAUUAAGAUACAUAGCCCUGAAGUUGCCUUAUGUUUUUCAUUCAGGUAUGAAUGAUUUCAGCUACCUUCAUACCAAUUGUUUUGAGGUGACGGUGGAGCUCUCCUGUGACAAAUUCCCACACGAGGUGGAGCUUCCUACUGAAUGGGAGAAUAACAAAGAAUCUCUCCUGGUCUACAUGGAACAGGUCUUUAUACGAACCGCUAGUAGGGGAUGGACUGUGUGCUACUAACAGCACAGCUGGGAGCACUCACAUGCAGAUACUGUUAUAGGUGGCAAAAGAUGGAGGCCAGAUGAGGAACACUCAAAUUUGUGUUUUGAUGACAAAUACUUAAUUUAAAUGGCCACCCUAAGCACCAUAAACACUACAGCUAAUAAUAAUAAUUAUUAUUAUUAUUAUUGUAUUUAUAGAGCGCCGUCAAAUUCCGCAGCGCUUUACAAUGGGUGGACGAACAGACAUGUAGUUGUAACCAGACAAGUUGGACACACAGGAACAGAGGGGUCAAUGAGCUUACAUGCUAGAGGGAGCGGGGUAAAAUGACACAAAAAGGUAAGGAUAGUAUUAGACUAGUGACAGUUGCAGAAGAGGAAUCAGUCAGGAGCUAUUGACAGUUUAAUUGAUAAGCUUUUAUGAAGAAGUGGGUUUUUAACGAUUUUUUGAAGGAGUGGAGACUGGGUGGGCAUCUAACGGAGGAGGGAAGCGAGUUCCACAGGAACGGUGCAGCCCUCGAGAAAUCUUGAAGGCGAGAAUAUUAUGGAGCAACUACUCUGUGUGCACAGCCUCCCUAGUUUUGACAAAACUUUUUUAAGUGGUUUGAAAAACAAUAGGACUCUCCCUGUCCAUGGGAUGGCAAUGGCAGGCAGGCAGACAGAGGGGGGGCUUGAUGGGUUCUGCUGUAUGGUCUCCCUGUUUAGACCUCAUAUUGACCAUUUCCUAAUUCUAUAUUUAUCCAGUUACCCAUUGAUCAUGUAUUCAAAGUUUCAUCAAAAGGAUUUAUUAAUCGCAAUGCAAAGUAAUUAUUACACAAUAGCUUACAUUAGGAUAUAUAUAAUAAUAUGCAUAUUUUGCAGGUCCAUCGAGGCAUCAAAGGUGUGGUACGUGACAAAGACACAGAAAAGGGAAUUCCAGAGGCCAUCAUUGCAGUGGAUGGCCUUAACCAUGACAUCCGCACAGGUAGAGCAAACUCGAUUUUCAAUAUACUCAUCGGUUACUUGUUUGCUAAUCUGCAACAUUCUAAAAUUCUGGGAAGGAGAUAUAAACAUCUCUAGAAUGGCAUUGCCGGGCCUUACAUCCUGAUGUUACAUCCAAGUAAGGAAUCCUGAUGUUUAGAGACUUAUCACCUGAUGAAAGUAUCACUGGACUUCUGAUUUUUUAUUUAUUUAUUGCACAUGUGUAUGAGGGAUGGUUAUGGAUGCAAAGUUCAAUUUGAAGUUCAAUUACAGAUCUUCAAAAAUUUGAUAAAAUCAAGUGAAUAAGAGGUCUACUAUAAUCCACAUGUUUUCCUUUAAUUUAACAGCAAUUGAUGGGGAUUACUGGCGUCUUCUCAACCCAGGGGAAUAUGAAGUCACUGCCAAGGCUGAAGGAUACCAUCCAUCAACCAAGACGUGCCGUGUUUCCUAUGAAGACCGUCCAACCAUCUGUGACUUUUAUAUCUCAAAGACACCGAAACAACGUCUGAGGGAACUGCUGGCCAAGGGGGGUAAACUUCCCAAGGAGCUCAUGCUUCGCCUGCGGCAGAUAAGAAAUCGCAAGCUGAAAUUAUCAAGCCCCAAGUGAAUGUGAGACGAAAAAGGAAUUUGCCGACUGGAGACAGACCAAUUCUAGGUUUCUAAAAAUAAAUUGCCUCAGCUUGGUAUUUUUUUAAUAUAACUUCCUGCAAUAUUUCCAUUCUGACUCGGCUGGGAAGUUGUUGCAAUUUAUCAGAGUUUCCACAUUUAUGAUAAAGCUGGGGUGAUACUGUGUUGUAGUACAUUACAGAUGACAAUAUGAAUUUGUUAUCUGUAUUAUACAGUUAGUAGCGACCAGGGUGUAAUAAGUGUAGAUACUAUUUUUCUUGAAUGACACAUUUACUUUAUGGAGCGUUUCAUUUUGUAAACAUAAACAAUAAGAUAUUUCCCCUGAAUCAGCCCGAGAAGAUUUUAUAUUGAACCCGUUAGAUCAGAUAUUUAAAGGAUAGCUAAUACAUUGAUAAACCCGUCACUGGUGCCAGUUUCCAAGGAAUAAAAUAUAAUCUAGCCAGAUUACUAGAGGAAAAUGUAUCUCAGAUUAUGUUUUCGAUCUCUUUACACUUUAGCUCACUGACAUCAGCAAGCACAACCAAACCACUGCUAAGUAAUAAGGCAGCACCCCACACCUACUAGUGUGCACCUGCAUGAUAGGAUCAUUGGGUAGGUAUACCUUCCAAGCUAUAGAUGUCCUGCCUAAUAACACAGUAGGUGAGAGGUGCACGUCAAGAUUUGUAGCAAUGCAAUUGUUGACUUAUGUAGCGGGACCUAUUCCCAGGUUCAGACAACACUCAGCCCUGGAGGCUCUCUGUCCUUACCAGGACUUUUCCUCUAUUUUCUUCUCCCUGCAAGCCGGAACCACAGACGCAGGGGUUAACAUCUUCUUCCCCUCCAGUAAAAGGACCACACACAGUUUGGAGGUUUACACACUGGCAUCUCACCAGGCUGAGUCACACUCUUUAUUUGAUUACAGCUUCUUUUAAGCACAGACCUCCGCAGGGGGGGUCCCCAUUCCACACAAUAGACUUCCCUUAGUCCCAGGCAGGAGGCGGUUGGGUUACAGAUAGCCAUCUCCUGCCUUAGGAGAUACCAAGCAGUACACAGGGAUACACUUUACAUCAUAUUACAUUCAGGGUGGGUUACACUUUAAGUGGCUGGUUUUGCCACAGAUAGGAAUAGCAAUGCAGUAAUAGCAAAAUAGCAAGAUAGCAAGAUACAAGGACAUUCUGUAAGUGGCUAGGUUUGCCACAACCUAUCAGACUAGCUCUGGUGGAUUGUUCAGAUAUGGUGGGCUGCUAAGUGAGCAUUUAUAAAUAACAGAUAAUUAUCUAAUGACUGCUUAUUACAUGAAAACACAAGGGGGCGCAUGUGUUGCAGUCAUACUGGGCCCUUACAGCCAGGGAGACUUAAAUUUAUAGAUAAAUCAUGUUUAAUUAAAUGCAAUAAACAUUCAAACACAAGAAGUGAAAAUGUGAUGAUAGUUGUCCUUUAAGUAUUCUGCGAGCUGUACUGCUCAGCAGCAGAUGUGACACAUACAGUGUUGGGGAAUAUAUAUUCUACCAGAAGUGGUGGACAUAUCUGACUAGCCCUGAUUGUUCCGUCAUUAACUGAAUACCAAACCGGAGAACUCUUUAAAUAAAUACCUUCCGGUCAAAAAGGAAGUCUCCAUUGAUGUAGCUGGCUCGGUGGGCUCCACUCCUGUUCUUACAGGCUGGAUCUGAAUAGAACAGAUUGCGCAAAUUAUGUUUGGUCGUUGUACAUUUAACUUGGCGUGUUUUUAUAGUCGAUAAAAUAAUAUUAAUUAAAAAAAUGCAGGCAUUGUGUUUUAUUGCUAAUCAAGUGAUCUCAAUAAAAGAAUUAGUGCUUUGUAAACACCA